AUGAGCCCAUCCGCGGUCGACCCUGCCCCCGCGCAGCUCGACAUCAAGCCGUCAAAGGCAAACAUUGGUGUCUAUACCAACCCUGCCCACGACCUCUGGAUCACCGAGGCCGAGCCGACUGUCGAGGAUGUGCAGAAGGGGGGUUCAUUAAAGCAUGGCGAGGUCACUGUGGCCAUCAAGAGCACCGGUAUUUGCGGCUCUGAUGUUCACUUCUGGCACGCCGGCUGCAUUGGUCCCAUGAUCGUGGAAGGCGAUCACAUCCUGGGUCACGAAUCUGCCGGGCAAGUCAUUGCUGUUCACCCCUCAGUAACACACCUCAAGGUCGGAGACCGAGUUGCGAUCGAGCCGAACAUUCCCUGCGGUCACUGCGAGCCAUGCUUGACUGGCCGAUACAACGGGUGUGAGACGGUGCUGUUUCUGUCGACACCUCCGGUGCCGGGUUUGUUGAGGAGAUACGUGAACCACCCUGCGGUGUGGUGCCACAAGAUUGGAGACAUGUCAUACGAAAAUGGUUCGAUGCUUGAGCCGCUCAGCGUCGCUUUGGCAGGCAUGCAACGAGCAAAGGUUGAGCUGGGAGACCCGGUACUGAUCUGCGGUGCGGGACCCAUCGGACUCAUCACCCUGCUUUGCGCCAAGGCUGCCGGAGCAUGCCCGUUGGUCAUCACAGACAUCGAUGAGGGUCGGCUGAACUUCGCCAAAGAACUGGUGCCUUCGGUCAUCACCCACAAGGUCGAACGGGCGAGCCCCGAGGACUCCGCAAAGGCAAUCAUCAAGUCUUUUGGUGGGAUAGAGCCCACUGUAGUUCUAGAGUGCACAGGAGUUGAGAGCAGUCUCGCAGCAGCCAUCUGGGCGGUCAAGUUCGGAGGCAGGGUGUUUGUGAUUGGCGUCGGCAAGAACGAGCUCAGCUUCCCGUUCAUGAGAUGUAGCACGCGCGAGGUGGACCUGCAGUUCCAAUACCGAUACUGCAACACGUGGCCGCGGGCUAUCCGUCUGGUGCAGGCCGGUGUGAUCAAACUCGAGAGACUAGUGACUCAUCGCUACAAGUUGGAGGAUGCACUGGACGCUUUCAAGACGGCGGCCGACCCCAAGACCGGCGCCAUCAAGCCGAUCCGCCCACCCAGACAUCGUCAACUCCCAGUCUGCGAGCCCUCUCCUCCAUCCCACACCCUAAGCACCAUGUCGUCCCAGGCCCUCACGCGCCCGGUCCUCCGCCAGUCCGGGGCCCUGCGAAUGGCUGCCCGCAGGUUCGAGUCGAGCACGACAGCAAAGGCCACUGAGGCUGCCAAGGAGACUGCUUCCAAGGCUCAAGGUUCUGCUUCCGAGUACGCGUCCAAGGCUCAGCAAGGCCUCUCCAAGGUCACCUCCUCCGCUGGCCCCGCCAUCUCCGGUGCUGCCAAGGGCGUCGCCAACUCCCUGAGCAAGAUCGGUGGCCGCACAGGAAGGUUGAUCAACUUUGUCGAGAGGCAAGUUCCUCACGUCAUCUACUACGGCAAGGUCGGCGCAGAGCUCGGCAAGAUCGUCUUCCGCGGCCAGAAGAUGUCUCCCCCAUCAGUGCAGACUUUCCAGAGCUACUGGCAGAACGCCUACCAGCAGCUGCUCAACCCCAGCUCCCUCAUCCAGACCGCCUCUCAGACCGCCAACAAGGCUGCCCAGCAACCCGCCUCCAUCAUCGAGCGCGUCCGAAACGUCAACCGCGCCCAGGUCAUCGCUGGUGGUGUUGUCGCCGCCGAGUGUCUCGGUUUCUUCACCGUUGGCGAGAUGCUUGGCCGUUUCAAGGUCAUUGGCUACCACGGCGAGACUGCCUCCCACCACUAG